AUGAUCAAAAUCAGGGGUAUGCUGCAACAACUCAUUGGUAUGAAUGGAAAGAUGCAAGAGAAGUUAGCUACACAUGAUUCAGCAAUCAAAGGCAUUGAAACUCAAUUGGGACAACUAUCUAUGGCCUUGAACAAUCGCCCACAAGGAACAUUGCCUGCAGAUACAAACAUUAAUCCAAAGGAGCAGAACCCGAAUCAGCUCAUGGUAGUGAGUCUCAGGAAUGUGAGAGAUUUAGACAGGAAGAAAGAAGUUGCUCAAUCUAGGAGAGAGACAACGCCAACUACUCCAGCUACCCCAGUUACAUUUGAGACAGAUGAAUCUGCAGAACUCACCGAGGUUGUAAUCGAGCAAGAACAGAUUGACAAGGGUAAGGAGAAGGAAGGUGAACAACUCCUAGAACAGGACUCGUCCACUGUAACUCUAACACAGACCUGCAGCGCGGUGAUGACUAGACUUAUGGCUCAAAAGGUGUCUGAUCCAGGUAGUUUCACUAUCCCAUGCACCAUUGGGAGUUAUGCUUUUGCCAAAGCAUUGUGUUACUUGGGAGCCAUCAAAAGACCGACAGGAAUUCUUGAUGAUGUGCUUGUUCAAGUGGGGAAAUUUGUAUUCCCUGCAGACUUCGUCAUUUUUGACUGUCAAGUGGAUGAGGAGAUACCAAUCAUUAUGGGCAGGCCGUUUUUAGCCACUGGGAGAGCAUUGAUUGAUUAUGAGACUGGACGAUUGAAAAUGAGGUUGAACAAUGAAGAGAUAAUAUUCAAUGUUCAACAAUCUAUGAGAAAACCCAGCGAAUUUGCAAAUUGCUCACUAGUCGAGGCCGUAGAUGUAUUACUACAAGAGGAGGAUGCGACUAUUAAUGUCAGGGAUCCGUUGGAGGCCUGCGUGAUAAAUCUAGAAAAUGUGGAUGGUGAAGAGUUGGCAGAGUGGGUCAUGGCUCUUGAAGGUCAAGGAUUCUGGAAAAGGGAGCCCGAGUUUGAGCCCCUACACUUUGAAGAAAGAACAUCACCACCUGCGAAACCAUCGAUAGAGGAGCCAUCACAGUUGGACCUGAAACCGCUUCCAGCGCAUCUCAGAUACACUUUCUUAGGGCCUAGUUCUACUUUACCUAUUAUUAUAUCAUCUGGUUUGCUAGCUGUGUAG